UCCUCUGAUGAUUUACAAGGUGGGAGUCUUGGUUCAUUUUCAUCGGACAUUUGUCGCCUGUUGCAGCUUUGCGAGGAGGAAGAUGAUGCAACUAGCAUAUUAGUUGUGCCAAAGCCUGAGCCUAAUGAUCAAAGCCCGCAAGUAGGAGAUAUUGCUGCCUCCCAAGAGCGUUACGCUGUGAAUCAAGGGCAACAUGAGUGUGGCUUUCCAUUAGUUGAUCAAUGCAAAGAGUCACCUUCACAAGUGUGUACCAUGUCAAUUAACAGCUUGGAAGGGGCAAUUUAAUCGGAGUACCAUUAGUUUGAUUUGGAUCAGGAUUUUGAGCAUUUCUACACUGGUUAUAACGAUACAGAGUUCUAUAGGGAGGAUGAUGCCAUGCCUCGUACUUAUAGCUAUCUACCAAGUAAAUGCCCAUCGCCAUCCGCAUUCUUAGGUCCAAAGUGUGCACUUUGGGAUUGUCCAAGACCUACUCAAAGGUUGGGUGGGUGUCUGGACUAUUGUAGUAGCUUUCAUGCUGCUUUAGCAAUGAAUGAAGGGCCUCCUGGAAUGGGCCCGGUUCUACGACCUGGUGGCAUUGGUCUCAAGGAUGGUCUGCUCUUUGCUGCUCUCAGUGCUAAGACACAAGGGAAAGAUGCGGGUAUACCAGAAUGUCAAGGAGCUGCUACUGCAAAGUCUCUAUGGAAUGCUCCUGAGCUCUUUGACCUUUUGGUUCUUGAUGGUGAAUUAAUUAGGGAGUGGCUCUUUUUCGAUAAGCCUCGAAGAGCAUUUGAAAGUGGGAACAGAAAGCAGAGGUCUUUGCCGGAUUACAAUGGGCGUGGCUGGCACGAGUCGAGAAAGCAAGUCAUGAAUGAAUUCGGAGGAUUGAAGAGAUCAUACUAUAUGGAUCCACAACCACUUAACCAUUUUGAGUGGCACCUUUACGAAUACGAGAUCAAUAAAUGUGAUGCUUGUGCCUUGUAUCGGUUGGAAUUGAAGCUUGUUGAUGGAAAGAAAAGUGCAAAGGGAAAACCAGUGAAUGAUACAGUUUCCUAUCAGCAUAAACAUAUGGGAAGGCUCACUGACGGGUUCUCUUCUGAAAAGAAGUGUUGUUUCAAAGGAAGGACAAAGGUUAAUGCUAAGAUUGGUGUUGGGAAUUUUUUUCCCACUGUAAAUGCAGUGGUACCAAUGAGUGAGAAGUUCGAGUACGGCCUGAGUGUGCAGUAUAACUAUGUGGGCAGCUAUUAUCUAACAUAAUAUAAAGAAUGCGGAUUUGUAUACGUCUGUUGAAGCAUUUACAGUCAUAGAAGGGAUGGAGAUUAUGCAUUUUUAGUAGUCUCUUUUUCUAGUUGAUUAUCAGAAAACCAAAUUAUGCACUUAUUUUUGGUGACCGUAAAUUUGUACAGUUAAUUUGCACUUCAAAACAAGUAGCCCGUAGAUCAUCUCUCACAUGCCAUAUUAGACAAUCCAACCUUUGGAAGAAGUUUACUAGCAGCAGAAAUAA